CAAAGUGUUAUUUCUCCACUGGUAUCGGUGUCUAGCGGUUAUAAGUUCGGUAUGAUUAGACAUAGCAUUUAUAUUUUGAUAGCGGCAUCGUUUGUGGCUGCAGUUACAUGUUCACACUACUGCAAUUAUCCAAAGACAUGCUAUAGAUACGGACACAGGAAAUGUGGAUUUUUGGGUUGGGGAAGAUGCAGAUACCGCUACUCAUACACCUGUUAUCCACCAGUUUGCUGCAAUGGUUGGAGAGGUUCUGGUUGCAAUGAACCAAUAUGUCAUACACCAUGUUCUAAUGGAGGCACCUGUAUUCUGCCAGACACAUGCAAAUGUCCGCCAUCCCAUGAUGGGAAGUACUGCACGACAUUAAAGUGUUCUCAUCUGAGACCCUGCUAUCCUGGCACGUGUAGUUAUCCUGACAAAUGUGACUGCUUCCCCGGAUUUUACCAGUCCAGUUCUGGAUGUCUACGAUUUUCUGCUGCAAACAAUCCUCCUGAUAUAUCUGCAUGUGAGUUAACUCUGGCCAGAAUAAGAAGGACAGAUAACAAAGAACAAUUCUACUAUAACCUGCCUUGUUCCGAUGGAACUGCGACAGAAACAUUUUGGUCAAAUCAAGAAUUAUUCAACUAUGUCAACUUUUCCAUGGAAUCUAUAUAUCAAGCUUUACCACACAUGCCUCCGGCACCAAACUAUGUUACUGCUGAAGGGUUUGGAAUCGUCGACAGCAGAGUUCGUGUAAUACAUACGAAACAUCCACGUAAAGGAAGUACACACCGUUUUGUUGCCUUUAAUAAAACAUAUCCUUGCCCUGGUUUGUCAGACACCAAACCAGAAAAAGAAACAGCGGUUUGUAAGAUAGUCGAAAAGAACUACAAAAUCAGCAUAGAACACAAUGAUAUCUUUAAGGUGACGUAUUCUACGAAGAAUGGUGGCUUUCGAAACCUGUAUGACUUGAAUUACCACCGUCCGUUUAAGACUGACAAAUACACGGGGCAAUUAAGCACAAAAAUAUUAGAGUUUAAAUUCGAUUUUAUUGUCCCUUUCCAUUGCUCUGAACGAACUGCUACUGCCAAAUGCGGCCCGGGAAAAGAAGAACCGGUAUAUAUAUCAGAAGAUAUAACAAAGAGCCCGAUUUACAUUACAUGGAAUGGUUGGUCAGAUACUUUAUCUGGUAUAUCUUAUUACAACUUGGAAGUGUUUGAACUGAAGCCUAAUGUCCAUGGUGACCUGAUAGAGCUAAAACCUUUACAUCCAGUAUUCAACUAUAGAACAAAUGAAACAAAUCCAGUCAAUUUCCCUACAUAUACACCGAAACAGCCCGGAAUGUAUUCUAUACUUCUCCAAGCGGCAGACCGCGCGAACAACUCUAAAAUUGCACGCCGUUUGGUUCUGUUUGACAAUCAUUCAAAUAUAACUCUUACGAAACCGGGCUUUCUGUCUGGCAAACCAAUUAACGUCUCUGAUAUUUCUGUCGGUGACGGAGGGAUGCAUGUGAUUAGUGCAAUACGAGAAACAGGAUAUAUGUGGCAGACGUCAACGAAUGGAACAAAAACAAGAAUAAUUCUAGACUGGCAAAAUCAUUUCGUCAAUAAAAAGCACGAAGACGGAAAAUUUCUGAAUCGCGUGCUUGAAUACCCGAUACAGUUUGCCGAUCUUGAAGAUGAUGGAGUUCUGAGAAGUAAAAAGUUCGUGACUUUAGAUGACCAUGAAGGAAAGAGAACUAUGAGUGCUAUACCAAACGUCCAUGGUAUCGUGAAAUUUGAAACAAAGAGAGUUCUGACUGAUGAUAGAGAGGUUCCUGUUACCGGAUGGGUGUCACAUCCCUUGAUUGAGCAAUAUGAAAUAAUGGAAGAUCUUGCCGAUGGAAGCCAUGUUCGACUUUGGGUACGAGCAACAGAUGUUAUGAACAAUACCCUAGCAGACUAUACUGAAGUUCACAUUGACAACACGCCACCUAGACUUGCUGAUACAAAGUUACAGAAGAAUAUUAUAAACGGAUCGUACACAUAUACAUCUAGAAUAACAUUUACGGCAUCAGAUGACGGAAGUGGUGUUCACAAGCUGGGAUACAAACUGACUGUAGGAAACAGUACAAAACCUAACAAACAUGGAAUUGUCACAGCUAACAGAAAUAACGCAACUGAUGCUUGUGGAAAAGAUCCAACUUGUCACUGCGUUUUGGACACCUGUUUCCUGAUAGAACAAACAAUUGACAUCGAUAACUGUUGGUUUCUCGUGCCGAAAAAUGACUUGAAUGAAUCUGCAAUGAUUACAGCUACGGUCUACAACCAGGCUUUGCUUUCUAGAGAAUUUUCUGUCAAUAUAUCGCGUCUUACUGAGUUAAGAGGUUUGGAAGAAUAUUCUGGCCCUACAAACAUUCGAAUAGAGAGGAAUCUGGCUACUGGUGUUCGUCUGGUCUGGGAUUUGCCUGAAAAGGCGUCAUGUUACGGCCGCGCUGAUAUCGAAAUUAUUUUGAUAAAUCCUGAUGGAACACUUCGAGUAAUUAAUGUUUACAAUGAGGAAACUUCAGUAGAUUUAGUUGGACUUGACCCAGAUAAAGAAUACAGUAUAUCAUUGAAACUUGGAUACCAAGGGACAGAGUUGGCCGCCUUGCCUUACUCUUUUAGGACAGCACCACAGGAGAAUUACCUUUCUGGUGGUAUUAUAGCCGGAAUCAUUGUCAGCGUAUUACUGAUUAUCGGACUGCUCAUUGCAAUAGUUGUGGUGCUAUUGCGACGAGGACAUAUGCAGCCUGUGCGGCGUGGAUUCAAUGCUUUGUCUGUGAAAUACCGGAAGUCAAUUGCUGGCAUACGUACAAGAGCAAGAAGCAAUCAAUACGGAAGGGGAUAUAGUAAUGCUGAGUCACUGUACAUGUAUGGGGAGAUGAACUUCAAUGAUAUACAGGCAUGGCAACUAAAUCGUGACAAUAUUGUUCUAGAGUCUUUGCUCACAUCGGGCCAUUUUGCCGACAUAUUUCUCGCAACUCUUAGGACCUCAAAGGAAAACGUUAUAGCGAAAGCAUUGAAACAGGGGUAUACAGAGCAUGAAGAAUUCCUGAUGAAAGCGAAGAUUAACUUUAAUGCCAUUGAGGUGGGAAAGCAUGAGAACAUCUUACAUUUCGUCGGUGCUGUUGUUUCUGAUUCUGAGAUUGGUCCAUUUAUCAUCUAUGAAUACUGUUCAAACGGAAAAUUAAGCGACUAUUUGCAAACGUUGAAAACCAACCUGACCAUCGAAACUCAAGAAAGACUUCAGAGGUUUGGACUGGGUGUAGCGCGUGGCAUGGAACACCUUGCACAAAGGAGGAUUGUACAUAGACGACUGGCUGCACGGAAUAUACUAGUGCAUACAUCUCUUGAAGUGAAAAUCGCGGGAUUUGGACCGCAGCCUGAUGAAAAUAAGGAUGCCGACGGGCAAGCAAAUAAAAGGGAACGUAUUCCGAUCAAAUGGAUGGCCCCGGAAUGCCUGAAGUCCACGACGGGUGCAACAGAAAAGAGCGACGUCUGGUCUUACGGUGUAGUUGUAUGGGAAAUAUUUUCUUUAGGAGAAAGUCCCUAUGGAAACACUAAAGGCCGUGACAUUCCAGCUAAGUUGAAGGGAGGCUACAGGCUUCACAAACCUGAACAAUGCGAUGACAAAUGGUAUGGUGUAAUGAAGCGAACAUGGGCUGAACACGCAAACGAAAGACCAACAUUCAAAGAGAUCCGGAGCGAGUUGGAUGAGAUGUUUGUACCAGCUCCAGUUGAUGAUUAUUACUACAGUCAGUAGAGUAGAGAGCGUUACAGACUAUAUGAUCGUUGAUUUCCAGAAAUAUAAUCAAAAUUUACUCUUCUUGACAUAGUCACGUUCACAAAUUCAUGGGAAUAUUACGCACGUUCUAUUUUCAAUCUGUUACUGUCUGUUCUGAUUGAUUUGCUACUAAAAUGAAAAAUAAUAUCGUUGCAGUGGCUGCUGAAAGUUGUACAUAGUGAAGGAUGGAAUAAAUUUCACAUAAUCUUGCUUUCUAUUUACUGAGAAGGAUUUCAUAUUCCCAAUUUUAUAAACUUUUCUUUUUAGUAUAUUGAACUUAACCAGAACUUACGUCUGUUAACUAUAUAUAUGUAUCUAUAUGUACACUUAAA